AUGUCGCCCGCAACACCCUCUGCGGGCACUCUACGCCUCCUGCGGCACUUCAUAGCCCGUACGGCCUCCUCCCCAUUACCCCUAUCCUCCUCCGCCAAACGUACCUUUUCCCUCCUCUGCCGACCGCCAACUACCGCUACACCUGCAAGCACAUUCCGCAAACCCACCGACCAUCUGAAAAUACCCAAUCCAAUCUCUUUGUCACCGCAAGCCCGUCAAUUCUCAACUACCCCCUGCCAGAAUGCUACGCUGAACCAAGUCCGCCGGGGCUGUCGGAAGGGCAAGCGGAAGCGGAAGCCCACCUCUCCCGCACUCGUGGGCCGGCCACAGAUGAGAGGCGUGUGCCUUAAGACGGGUAUCACGAAGCCGAAGAAACCUAAUUCCGGAGAGCGAAAGACGGCAAGAAUCCGGUUGACAAAUGGCGCGGUUGUGACGGGUUAUAUUCCCGGUGAAGGCCAUAAUAUCCAACAGCACAGCGUUGUGUUGAUCCGAGGCGGUCGGGCGCAGGAUUGCCCGGGUGUACGAUACCACCUUGUCCGAGGCGCAUUGGAUCUGUCCGGCGUCGGCAAUCGAAUCACCAGUCGAUCAAAGUACGGGACGAAGAAGCCGAAGAGUUCGUAG